GCGUUCUUCUAAUCAAUCUCUUACGCUCGCCUGCAGUGAAUGGAUCGUGCCUCAUUGUGUGACUCUCACAGAAAGUUUUAAUCAAAGUUAUUCAAGUUAGUGGCGUAAUAUGGAAGUGAUAUUUACAAUCAACGGACAACUUUACAAAGUGAAUCCUAGUGUGGUCUCAGUCGACACCUCUUUGGGGACUUUUAUUCGCAAAAAUGCUCAACUCAGUGGAACAAAAAUGGUGUGCCGCGAGGGCGGAUGUGGAUCGUGCAUCGUUAACAUAAACGGCAAUCAUCCAAAAACUGGGCAACGACAGAGCUGGGCUGUGAAUUCGUGUUUGUUCCCCAUAUAUUCGUGCCAUGGAUUGGAUAUUGUAACUGUCGAAGGAAUCGGAAACAAGUCUAAAGGAUUUCAUGACGUUCAAUUGAGAUUGGCGCAUUUCAACGGUACGCAAUGUGGAUUUUGCUCACCCGGUAUGGUCAUGAAUAUGUACAGCCUUUUGGAGUCGAAACAGGGCAAGGUGACCAUGAACGAGGUGGAGAAUGCAUUCGGGGGUAACCUGUGCCGCUGCACUGGCUAUCGACCGAUUUUAGACGCAUUUAAAUCGAUGGCUAUAGACGCUGAGCCUCAUUUGAAAGAAGUAUGCGAAGAUAUCGAAGAUUUGCCAAAAAUUUGCAGCAAUACUGGAAAACCAUGCCAAGGAAAAUGCGAUGUCGUACCGAAAAAAGGCUUGCAUCUUACCUUUGAAGACAAGCGUGAGUGGCAUAAGGUCUACAAUAUUCAUGAUGUUUUCGUUAUAUUUGAGAAAAUAGGGAACCGGCCUUACAUGCUUGUGGCGGGGAACACUGCUCACGGAAUAUAUCGAAGAAAUGUGAACUUGGAGGUAUUUAUCGAUAUCAACUCUAUUGAAGAACUGCGGUUCCAUUCAUUGGAUACUUCUUUAACCGUUGGAGGAAAUGUGUCUCUGAGUGAACUCUCGGUCGUUCUCCAAAAUGCGGCCAACAUCAAACCGGAAUUUCUGUACUGUCAACAGCUAGUUAAACAUAUUGAUCUGGUCGCUAAUGUACCCGUCAGAAACUCUGGAACGAUAGCCGGUAAUCUAAUUAUAAAGAAUCAACGCCAUGAAUUCCCUUCAGAUUUGUUCCUUAUCUUGGAAGCGGCUGGGGCAAAGAUAACAAUAGUUGGAGCGGAAGGUAAACUUUCGACUGUAUCGCCACUUGAUUUCUGUGACAUCGACAUGACCAAAAAGAUUCUACUCAACGUUGUGCUUCCGCCACUAGACCCAGCGAUUUAUGAGUUCAGAUCGUACAAAAUAAUGCCACGAGCACAGAAUGUCCAUGCGUACGUCAAUGCAGCAUUUCUAUUCAAGUUUAAUCCGGAAAAAACGACCAUCGCAUCAGCUUCCAUCUGCUACGGAGGAAUUAAUGCAAAGUUCACUCAUGCAACAGAUACGGAAAAAUAUCUAAGGAACAAGAACAUCUUCUCCGACGAUGUACUCCAAUCUAUACUGAAUGUGCUCAAUGCUGAGCUCAACCCAAAUAGUGAUACAUCACACGCUUCUCCCACAUACCGCAAACAUCUAGCAUUGUCUUUAUUUUACCGAGCAGUCAUGAGUAUGGCAAACAUCCAUCAAUCUUUCAUUGAUCCUCGAUAUCUCUCCGGAUCAGAGGGUUUCCUUCGGCCAUUAUCAACGAACAAACAAAAAUUCCAAACCAUCCGAGAAAACUGGCCCAUGACCAAGAACAUUCCCAAAGUAGAAGCCCUUUCGCAAACGUCUGGGCAGGCCAAGUACGUCGAAGAUCUUCCAACGAUUCCGUCCGAACUUUAUGCCGCAUUCGUAACCGCUACCCAACCCGGAACGAAAAUUCUCCGCAUAGACCCGUCACCUGCUCUCAAUGUUCCGGGAGUGCAUGCCUUCUAUUCUGCCAAGGAUGUUCCGGGCCGAAAUGACUUCAUGCCCACUGAACUGGGAAACCCGGAAACGGAGGAAAUCUUUUGCAGUGGCGAAGUUCUGUACAACGGACAACCGGUUGGCGUCAUCCUAGCCGAUACCUUCGAUCUCGCCCAUCGAGUGUCCAAACUGGUUCACAUAGUAUACAGUGAACCCGAUGGUAAACCGAUUCUUCCCACACUCAAGCAUGUUUUGUCGCUGAAUGCCACCGAGCGUCUUCAUGAUCAGCCAUACGAUCAAGAAGGAGAAAAAUUCGGCAAGGAAAAAAUCUUGAACGGAGCGAUCACAAAUAUUGAAGGCCGAUUCGAAAUUCCCGGUCAAUUUCAUUUCUCAAUGGAACCACAGUUAUGCAUUUGCGUCCCAACGGAAGACGGCAUGGAUGUGUACAGUUCAACGCAAUGGAUUGAUAUUUGCCAGAUCGCUGUAGCACAAGCAUUGAAAAUCCCCGAGAAUAGUUUAAACUUCUACAUUCGCCGUUUGGGGGGAGCAUUCGGAUCGAAAAUUUCACGAGCUUCACAAGUGGCUUGUGCCUGUGCCAUUGCCGCACACUUCAGUCAACGUCCGGUGCGAUUGGUACUGUCCGUAGAAUCAAACAUGGAGGCAAUUGGGAAGAGAGCCUCUUGCAUUAGCAACUACCAGGUGGACGUCGACGACAAUGGAAAGAUUAUAAAGCUGAUUAAUAACUACGUUGAAGACUACGGGUGCAGUCUGAAUGAGCCUAUCGAAAUGGUAACGGCUCAGUUUUACAAAAAUUGCUACGACGCCAGCCGCUGGAAGUUGGUCGGUAAAGCCGCGAUAACCAAUUCGGCGAGUAACACGUGGUGUCGCGGACCAGGUACCAAUGAAGGUAUUACAAUGGCAGAGAACAUCAUGGAGCACAUUGCGCAUGUUUUGAAGAAAGAUCCUCUGUCGGUAAGGUUGGAGAACAUGAGCGAUGACUGCAAAAUCAGAACACUACUGCCCGAGUUCGUAAAGGAUGUAGAUUACGAGAAACGAAAACAAGAAAUUGAUGAAUACAACGAAGCAAAUCGUUGGAAAAAGCGGGGGAUAGCAAUAGUCCCAAUGCAAUACCCGCAGGUGUUUUUCGGACAAAUGCACGCUCUUGUUUCGAUCUACCACAUCGAUGGAACUGUUUCCAUAACUACUGGAGGAAUCGAUAUGGGGCAAGGGGUCAAUACGAAAGUGGCGCAAGUGGCGUCACGUGUUCUCGGUAUUCCUAUGGGGAAAAUCAGUAUUAAAGGAGUAAGUAGUCUAACAACUCCGAACGCAACUGUAUCUGGCGGAAGCAUGACAAGUGAAUCGGCUUGUUUUGCCGCCAAAAAGGCCUGUGACCAGCUGGUUGAACGAAUUAGGCCGAUCAAAGAGAAAUUUCCGGACGAGUCAUGGGAACAGAUAACGCAUAGAUGUUAUAACGAUAAGAUCGACCUUUGCGCUAUGUACCAGUACAAGGAAGGGGAUAUCCAAAACUAUUUAGUUUGGGGGCUGACUUGUGCCGAGAUGGAAGUAGACGUUCUGACUGGAAAUGUUCAGAUCAGAAGAGUAGACGUGCUGGAAGAUACAGGCGAAAGCAUAAGCCCUGGAAUUGACAUAGGCCAGAUAGAAGGUGCUUUUGUUAUGGGAAUAGGGUUAUAUUUCACGGAAAAUUUAGUCUAUAGUGGUCAAAAUGGCCAGCUACUAACCAACAGGACGUGGAACUAUCAUCUGCCCGGAAUGAAGGACAUUCCAGUGGAUUUUAGAGUGAAAUUAAUUCACAAUACGUUUAAUGAGAGCUUUGUUCUACGAUCUAAAACAACUGGCGAACCAGCCCUAAACAUGACGGUGGCCUUGGUUUUUGCGUUGCGCCGAGCACUGAAUUCUGCUAGGAAGGACGCAGGAUUGGAUGACGAAUGGUUUACUAUGGUGGCACCAUCGACUCCUGAGCAGAUCUGUUUGGCAGCUGGUAGUAAAUUAGAGCAAUUUGUAUUGACAUAAUUGGAUCCUUACAACCUAAUAAAGUUUUUGUCCUAAAUAACCUCCAAUUAUUUAGUAGUUCAGUAGACACAGCGUCUUUAUAGA